AUGCCCUCAAAUUGCGAAGCACAAAAUAGCGAGGACAUCGUGACCUGCCAGGGUCUCGGAAAGACCAUUCUCCUCUCCACCGGAGGCUAUACUUACAGCGAAGGUGGAUUCAAUAGUACGAGUGAAGCGCUCCAAUUCGCAAAUCUCAUGUGGGAACUUUUCGGCCCGGUGUCCAACAACAGCUCUGCUCUUCGCCCCUUUGGUACUGCUGUUAUUGAUGGCUUCGAUUUUGAUUUCGAGAAUCUCGUCAUGAACAACAUGCCUACCUAUGCCAAUCAAUUACGAAGCUUAUACUCCACGGAUAAGUCGAAGACAUAUUACAUGACUGCUGCUCCUCAAUGCGCUUACCCAGAUACGGCUGACGACUCCAUGUUGGAUGGCGCUGUAUACUUCGAUGCCAUCUUCGUUCAGUUCUACAAUAACGCCUGUGGUCUGGUAUACUUUGAUCCAAGUUCUGCAACCCAGCGCUUCUUCAACUUUAACACUUGGGAUAACUGGGCCAAGAAUGUCUCUAAGAACCCAAAUGUUAAAGUCUACAUGGGAAUUGAGGGUAAUGUAGGAGCUGGCGCCGGCUAUGAAGGACUCUCCAUCGUCGAACCAGCUAUCACCUAUGUCUCCCAGUUUAGCUCCUUUGGCGGUGUUAUGAUGUGGGAUGCUAGCCAAGUCUGGUCCAACACUGGAUUCCUAUCCUCUGUAUACAAAACCUUACCUACCAGCACCAACAGCAGCACCACCCAUACCCUGCAAGAUGCGGACUAA